UGGGAAGAAAAGGUUUCUUCUUUUCUGGAAGGAGAGCAGUAGUGGAAGAAGGUUCUUUCCAGGAAUCACCUCGUGCUCAUGGCAGUUUCCGCUUCGUCCGGCUCUUGUGCUGCGGCCGACGCUCGGCUCGGUUGCUCUUGUCGUCGUAGCGUACGGACCUGAACGAUUUUGGUAGAAGCCCUCACUGUCGACCUAAAGCCACGUUUUGGGUUCCUGUGCCCUCUUUCAACUUGCAGGCUCCUCGUGCAGACCAUUAAAAAUACCAAAUCGUAUAUUUUUUCUCAGUUAUUUUUUUAUUUAUUUCUUUCGUGUUUCUGCUUUUCUGAGGGUUUGUCCGCGACAUCGAAGUCCUCGCUUAGUGUUUCCAUAGACAUUUUACAAUGUCGUCGGAUCCCGACGAGCCGAGCAACAAGUCCGUGAAGGAGCUCAGCAGCAUCUUCGGAAAACGGGUCACGGCUAAUACCGGAGCUCCAGCUGCUUACGUGGCGAAACUCCACGCAGCCAAUGCGAGCGCAGGCUCUUCCGGCGACCCGCCAAAAAUCACGCGGAGAUCCUCUGGACCGGUUUCCACCGAAGGCUUAAUCCGCCACCCUUCAGGCGGGAUUCAGAGUCCGCAGUCUCAGGACGGAAAUGCUUCGGAAUCUAAGCGAGAUUUUAAGGAUGAGACUAAAGGACCGGUACCUGGCCGUUCAGGUCUCCGGCCGGUUGGGACUAGCACAGGCAGCGGUAAAGGCCCGCGACCAUCGUCAGGCGAUGGCUCGAAAGGUCCUUCUUCCUCCUCCUCCUCAUCGUCCUCGUCCUUUUUACCCCAGGUUAAGCUCCGUCACACGGCGACAGGACCACCUGGAGGAAAGAAAGACGCACCGGCAGAGAAAAAAGACUCACCUGCGGGGAAAAAGGAGUCCGCUGCAGGAGCAAAAGACGCAGCUGCGGGGGUGAAAGACUCGCCGUUGGUGGGGUCGUCCGCUGCUUCGAUCAGGGACGGAAAGAAAGAAUUGCCGCGUUCGCCUCGGCAUUCCCGAACCAAGUCUAGCAGCCGCGCAGGUGCCGAGCCUGAGCCGCUAGGCCUGGCUUCCCCUGGCUCGACUGCCAGGGCUGCUGCUGCGAAAUCGUCGCCGGUGCAACGGUCGUUUUCGCCGGGCGGGAACUACACGCGAGAAGAGAUUCGUAAGAUGGAACAAAUGCUGCACAAGUUCGAGGAGGACCUGGAGCUGAGCAACUUCGAGCUGGCGGCGCUGAGGGCGCGGCACAUGGAGAAGGUGGGGCGGCUGCAGGUGGUGGAGGAGGAGAUCGUCAUCAGCGAGCAGCGCAACAAGAGCCUGCAGCUUGCUUUGGCGGCCAUGGAGAAGGAGUUAGCCAAUUCGGACUCGAUGAAGGCGAAGCUAAGGAAGAAGCUGGAGGACGAGCAGGCGGGUAAGACAGAGGAAGCCGUCCGGGCAGCCCUCGAAAAGAUUGAGGCAGAGCAGGUGGCGCCGUUGAAGGCCGAGGUUGAGUCUCUCCGGGCAGCUGCGGAAGUUUUGACGGCUGACCUGGCGGCUGCCCGGGCUGCCCGGGAGGCGAAAGAAGCGGAGCUGUUGGGUGCGGAGGCUGCGAAUGAGAAGGUUGGCGGGCAAUUGAGUGAGGAAGAGGCGAAUCACAAGGUGACACGUGGCGAGUUGGAGGUGGCAAGGGAGGAGGUGAAAAAGGCGCAGAAAGAGGCUGAAGAGGCGGAAAAGGUACUGGACGAGCUUAAAACGAAGCACGAGGAGGCUUGUAGCGAGUUGGAGGGGUUACGGGGGACGCAUAAAGGGACGUGCGAGGAGCUCGAAGCGCUAAAGAUAGAGAUAGAGUCUCUUAAGGGGGAGAAUAAAGAGGUAAGUGAGGAGCUGGGAGCGGUUAAGGGGAAGUGGGAGGCAAGGGGGAAGGAAAUAGCGGUUCUGGUAAAGGAGAAGGGGGAAUUGGAAGGUGAGUUGGAGGGUUUGAGAGGGAAGUAUGAGGAGCGAGGGAGGGAGCUGGAGCAACUGCAGCUGCUGCAUGAUAAGACGAAUAACGAGCUGCACGUUAUGGAGGAUGAAAAUGAGAAGCUUCAGAAGGAGGUGGAGGGGCUUAGGGGCGAAGUGGAAGGGUUGAAAGGGGAGAAGGCGGAGGCGGAGGGAGAGAUAGAGAUGUUGAAAGAGAGUGGUGAGGAGAUGAGUAGAGAGAUAGAGGAAUUGAAAGGGAAGAAUGAGGAGAGGAGUAAGGAGGUGGAGGAGUGGAAGGAGAAGCAUGAGGGGUUGGGUAGGGAGUUAGAGGAGGUUAGGAGUGCGAAGGAGGAGGAAAUACAGGCAAAGGAAGGAGAGUUACAGGCGAAGGAGGAGGCGAGAAGGGAAGCCGUGAAAGAAGGGGAGAGUUUGAGGGAGAAAGUAGCAGAGGCGGAAGGGCAGGUGGGGGAGCUGCAGGGGAGGAUGGAGGGACAGGCGAAGGAGAUUGAGGGUCUGUCGGGGGAGCUGGAGGAACGCAAGGAGCAGCUAGCAGCGGCAGAGGGGCAGGAGUUGGAGGGGAGGGUGGAGGAGAUGGGGUUGGAGAAGGAGGCUCUGGAGCUGGAAAAGGCGGAGGAGGAAAGGUUGGUGAAGGAAGCGAUUGCGGCGAGAGAGGGGGUUGAGAAGAAGCUCCUGGAGGCACGAGGGGAGGUGGAACAGAGGAGGAGGGAGGUUGAGGAGGUGACUACAGCGAAGGUUGCGUUAGAAGGGGAGUUGGAGAAGGUGAGGGGGGAGUCGGAGGAGAGGGGGAGGGAAUUGGACGAGCUGAAAGGGAAGUAUGAGGUCGUGAUGUCAGACAACCAGGCGCUGAUGUCAGCGCAGGCAGCGCUGGCGGGUAAGAUCGAGGAGGUGACUGUAGCGAAGGAAGGGUUGGCUAAAGAGCUUGAGGACAUGACUAUAGCGUUGGAAGGGUUGGGUAAAGAGCUUCAGGAGGAGAAGGAGGGGCGGGCGGCUGUAGCUGCUGAGCUGGCAGAAACGAGUGCUGAGCUGGAUGGGAUCCAUGCUGCGCUGGGUGGAUCCCAUGCUGAGCUGGACGGAGUCCGUACUGCGCUGGAAUCGCUGACUGCCAUGCACGAGUCCCUUCAGAAAGACCAUGAUGCGCUUAAGGAGCGGAAUAGUGAGAUGAAGAGGGAUCUCGAGAGUAAGUCUGGCGAGGCGGGCGGGCUGGUUGAGGAGAUCAACAAAGUGAGGGAGGAGAGGGAUGAGGGGAGGAAGAGGGAGGAGGAGGGGAGGAAGAGAGAGGAGGAGGGGAAGAAGAGAGAGGAGGCGCUAGCUGCAGACUUAGAGCAGGUGCGAGGGGAGGUUGAACGGCUAAAGGGAGAGCUGGAGGCGGCAGGGAAGGAGAGAGAGGAUUUGAAAGGGAAGCUUGCUGCUGCUGUAGCCGGCCUUGCAGCCGCCGAGGCUGCGGCAUUGGCUCGGGAGGCUGAGGCCGCAGAGGCUCGGGCCGUACUGGAGGGGGAGGUGGACAAGACGAAGGGGCAAGUAGAAGCGUUGGAGAAAGAGAGAGAGGGGUUGAAGGGGGAGAUGGAGCGGGCGAGCAAGGAAAAAGAUGCGUUAGUUGCUGCCCAUGCUGCUGCUUUGGCUGAGCUGGUUGCCGCUAAGGGAACGGUGGAGGAGGAGGGGAGGAGUUGGCAGGAGAAGCAUGAGCAGGCGGUUAGGGAGAUAGAGGGAGUGAGAGAGGAGGCGGAGGGGAAGCAGAAGGAGCUUUUGGCUCGGGCCGAAGCUGCAGAGGUUCGGGUGGGGGAGCUGGAGCAGGCUCGGGACGAAGCUGUGGCUUUUGUUGGGAAGACCCAGGCUGCUUUGGAGGCUGCGAAUGAGGAGAUUGUGACUAUAAAGGGGGAGAUGGAAAAGAGGGGAGGGGAAGUGAAGGAAUUAAAGGAGGUAUUGGAAAGGGAAAGGGGCGAGAAGGAGGAGUUGAGUGCAGAGAACGAGCGGCUGAAAGAGAAAGUGGAGGCGCUUAUAGAGGGGAUGGAUGGAACCAAGGACGGAAUGACUGCUGAAGUGAACGCACAUGAGAAGACAAGGGAAGAGCUGGGGGAAGUGAGAAAGACCCUUUUGAGUGUGCAAGGCGAGUUAGAGGGAGUGAGAAGGGAGCUGGAGGAGAGUGAGGAGGGGAGGAGGGAGGCCGAGGAGGAUCUAGAGGUGGCUCAUGCGGCUGAGGCGGCGGCUAGGGCUGAGGCUGCAGCGGCGUCGGCGGCUGCAGUGGCGACAGCAGCAGCUAAGGACGGCGAGCUGGCAGAGAAAGAGAGGGAGCUGGGGCAGGUGAGGGAGGAGCUGGGGCAGGCGAAGGGUGACGUGGCGAGGCUAGAAGCGGAGAUUCGUGAGAAAGAGGAGAGGAUAUCGGUACUGGAAGGGGAGGUUGUAGAGAAAGGGGAGAGGGUUCUGGUGUUGGAAGGGGAGGUCCUAGAGAAAGGAGAGAGGAUUGUGAGGUUGGAAGGGGAGCUGAAGGAGGCUCGGGUGAGCGCAGAAGCAAAGGAGGCUGCUGCUGCUGCUGUGAGGGAAUCGGCGAGAAUGUCGGAGGGAGAGGCACAGAAGAAAGUGCAGGAGCUGAUGGGUAGGGUGGAGGGGAUGGAGAGGGAGAGGAGGGAGGGGGAGGAGCGGGAGGAGGGGUUGAGGGAGGAGGUGAGGGCGGCCAAAGAAGCGGAGGAGGAGGCACGGGAGGGGGCUAGGCUGGCGGCGAGUAGAGGGAGUGAGAUGGUGGCGGUGAUGGAAGGGGAACUGGAGGAGGUGAGGGGGAAUUUGAAGGAGAGAGAGGAGGAGGUGGAGCGAGUGAGGGAGGAGGUAGAGAAGGUGAGAGGGGAGUGGGCGGCGGAUGUGGAACGGAUGGGAAGAGAGAAGGAGGAGGCUGUCGGGAAGCUCGAGAAGGAGAAGGAGGAGUUGGUGAGCAAGAUGGAGCAGGAAAAGGGCGCUUUAGAGGAGCUAGUGAGGACGCUUACAGAGAGGAUGGGAGACAUGGAGGAGGCGAGGAGUGGGUUGGAGGAGACUAGCAGGAAGCUGGCAGGGAGGGUCGAGGAUCUAGAGGGGGAGAGAGAUAGAUUGGAGGAGGAACGAGGCAGACUGGAAGGGGAGAGGGGGGUACUGGAGGAGGGAAGGCAAGCCAUGGUUAUACGAGUGGAGGGGUUGGAAGCGGUUAAGAGGGAGUUGGAGGAGAAAGCGGCAGGGAUGGAAGGGGAGAGGGGGAGGAUGGAGGAGGAGUUGAGGACGGAGAGGGAGAGGGUGAGAGAGCUGGAGGGGGAGGCAGAGAUGAGGAUGGCUGCGGCACUGGCAUCGUCUGCUGCUGUGGCGGCGGGGGGGGAGAAGCAGAUCAGACAGGCACGGGCAGAGAGGGAAGCUGCUCUGGCUGAGAAAGCAGCCGCGGAAGCGGCGCAGAGAGCAGCAGAGGCUGCAGCAGAGGAGGCGAGGAGCCGAGAGGGAGAGGCAAGGGCAGCGGCAGAGAAUGCAUUGUUGGAGGCUGGUAGGGCGAAGGAGGGUGAGGAGUUGGCUCGGACCGAAGCUGCAGAAGCUUUGCAGGGUGCAGAGGCAGCAAGAGCCGAGGCUGCCGAGGCCAGACUAGCAGCGGACACCGCUCUGGCCGAGGCUGCAGAGGCUAGGGAGCGUGCAGGCGAGGUGGAGGGGGAGUUGGAAGCGGUGCAGAGGGAAAUGGAGGUGUUGAGAGUGUCAGAAGCAGCAGCUAGAUCUGCGGCAGAAGAGGCCAAGGUAGGGGGGUCUGUUCGGCUGGCGGCUAGUUUGUGGAGAGCCAGGGUGAAUCAGGGCAGCUUGGAGAGAAAGUGGAAGGAAGGGGAGGAGAAACGGCGAGCCAAGGAUGCUGCUGCUGCUGCGGCAGCAGCGGGGGCGGCAGCUGCGGCAGCAGUGGCAGCGGCCGCAGCAGAAGCGGAGAAAGACAGGGUGGUAAUAGAGAAGGGAAAGAUGGAGGCGGAAUUGUCUGCUAAGGUGGCUGCUGUGGAGGGAGAGCUGAAGACGGCUCGGGAUGCCGAAGGGGAGCUCCGGCUGCAGGUUCGGGCGCUCCGCCGAACCUUGGAUGCUCUGGAAGGCGAGGUUCGGAAGUGGAGGGAGGAGGCUAAGAUACGGAAGAAGCGGAGUGAAGAGGCAGCAGCUGACACGCUGAGGAAGUGGCGGGAGGUGGCUGGGAGGAGCAGUGUGGAGGAGAAUGCUGCAGAAACUGCAGCUGGUGCUGCUGCUGCUGCUGCUGGUAGAAGGAGCUCGUCGUACACCAUGGCAACUAACCGCACCAGUUUGCCCUCCAUUCCCACGUCAGGGGCUCUGGCGGGGGGGCCAGGCGAUGCUAACGAGGUUAUGUUUGCCAAGAGUGCGGAGUUUCACCCAGGUCAGCUGCGGGCGAUUCGGCAUUUUAUGAGUGCAGGCCAAUCGGGCCCAUCAUCUGCGGUUGCUACACCCCGGGGCGGACCCGCAUCGGCUACAGGAACUCCGCCUCCUUCCCUGAGGGCAUCCAUGGGGUUACCGGCUCCGGUGAGGAUUAAGAGACUCGAGGGAGAAGGAACAGGUCGGCGUGGAACAUCAGGGAACAAGCCUGGAUGGAGGAAGUCUAUGAUAGGAUUUUUAGGGAAAAAGGCGGUGAAGAGUGAAGCGAACACCCCUCGUGGCACGGACGUUUCUCAGAGUGCCAUCUUUUAGAUCGGUUGUUAGUGUUUGAUAGGCUAAGGAAAAGGGUUCGUUUUCAUCAACCAGAAUAACGGGAAACGUUCAUUUCACGGCCAUGUACUAUCUGUUUUAUUU